AAGUGAUUAAACGAAAAGUUGUUCUCUAUGGUUAGGGGAUGAAUGAACAAAUGAAGUAGAACAAAUGAAGCUUACGUCACUAACGCGACCACACUGCAUGGAUUUUGUUUAUAUAUGUGGAAAACAGAAAUAAAUGUCUAAUUUACAAUUAACACAGGAAAGACUCGAUGCAUUGCGCUCAGAGUACAGACCACGCAGGCCAUGCGCAUUGCUCAAGUAUCCACGACCGAAAACAAAGCCCGAAUAUCAAUCUUUAUAUCCGUGGAUAAUACUCGAUGAAACGGAUCCUCAUUUUGUAUUCUGCGCCCUUUGCGAAUGUCGCUUGAGCGCCAAACGGUCAGAUCUGGGCAAGCACGAGGGCAGCAUAAAACACUCGGAAAAUGCUCAACGCAAAUCGUUCACAUCGAAAACGCAGAAAUCAUCGAAUGGCAUCAAGUGGGAAUACAAUGAUGAGAGCAACGACGAGAGCCUCUUGCCCAUGCAGUUUGCCACAGGCAGUGUUCUGUGCAAGGCAGAGCCAGGCAACGAAGAUGACGACGUGGCGGGUGAGGGCGAGGAGGAGGGAGAGGAAGAAGACGAGGACGAAGACGAGACAGCAGAUAAUGAAGUACCGCAGCCAGAUGCAAAUGGGGACGCUGAUGCCGAUGCUGAUGGUGUAUACGAGCCGACCAGCAAACGUCGCGCUUCGGAAACGGAUUCCCAGCACUCCGGCCUGUUGGACUACUUGCCACUGCAGGUAACCAUCAACGAAAUGCCGCAUGGACAGUUAAUGCCAGCCGCCCAGCCGGCAACAACCACGCCCCAGCCGUGUCGCAUCACAAUUAAAAAGGUGACAGCACCGGCACUGGCGAAGAUGACCAGCAGCACGAGCACGCCCAUUAGCAAUCAUGAGAUUACCUCGAAGGCAACCAUAACGCCCAUUGCUGGUGGGUGCUACAGUGCGUUGCGGCAGCCGCAGAUGCAAUCGUAUGCCUCACGGCAGCUGCAGUCCUAUCAACUGCAGCAUCUCACCUCAAUUGAGUCGCCGCCGCGUGAUUCGCUGGAUCUCUUCUUUGACAGCAUUUGCGCCACUGUCAAAGGGCUGCCGCCCAAAUUGGCCACCGAGGGCAAAAUACGCGUCAUGCAGCUAAUUGGUGAACUCGAGCUGCGCGCGCUAAACGAACGCGAUGCAUUGCCCACAGGCUCAAUGAUCGAUCCGGCAGCAACGGCAGUUGGAGCAGCGACACCCUCGUUGGAUGCACCUGGUGGCAGUCAACAGAAUGCAACAGUUGCCUCGACCACCAAGUGAGGCGCAUUCAAUGAUAACAGUUCAAAGUUCAUACUCCUCUCUAUCAUUAGCAAGAGAUUCUGUAGCGAAAAUUCUUUAUGCUCGUUCACGAACUCAAAAGAGAGUCUAUUAGUUGUGUUCAAUGUCUGUACGUCUGUUCGUGUACAAUAUAUAUUCGUAUAUAAUCUCCCCUCCUUGGCAAUUUUAGAGCUAAGAUCCAUAAACUAUAUGGAAAAUCGUAAAACUUUAAUUCUAUUUGAAAUGCACACUUAACAUUUUUUGGAUCGUGAACGAGCAUUAGCCAGUCGGCUGUAUCCGACUGCAGCGUUCUUACAUGUAAAAACGAGUUUUAGCAUAAGACCUUACUCCAUUCAUGAGCAUUCUAUCUUAUCUCUACGUUAUCGCUUAGAGAUUGAUUAUUAAAAAACAUAAUAGAAAAAAAGAAA